GGGGGGAGGACAGCAGCAGCAGCAGAGUUUGAUCCCGGGAGGUUUUCAGACAUGAAGCUGCUGGAUGAGCGGAUCCGGUCGCUGCUGCGGCUCCACCUGCAGCAGACCGCCACCCUGUGCAGCGCCUUCUUCAGCUUCGGGCUGUGCGUCUCCUCGCUGGGUCCCACCAUCCUGGACCUGCGCUGCCAGAGCCGCUCCUCCCUGCAGAGCAUCACCUGGAUCUUUGUUUCGCAGCAGUUCUUUCUGCUGGUGGGCAGCAGCGUGGGAGGAUUGUUCAAGAAGAC